ACUCUCGUGUGAUUGGUCCAAGUUAAUGUGUUUAAGCCAAUGAAAAUCGGCUUUUGAUUAUCUUCCAUCUGAAUGGCUCUUUGUUUCCUGCUUCGUCCAAUGGCAAGAGAGGUUUCGUGAGGGAGAGAGAUUCACUCUUGGAGGAAGACACUCACCCGUCAUUAGAUGUUUGACAGACGACGGAAGUGUGUAUGGAGUGUUGUGUUAAGCCCAACAGUUUAUUACAAUGGAUAAGGGCAAGCUGUAAACUUGGGAUGAGGAGACAUUAACAUUCAACAUGUCUCUGAUACGCAUUCGUGGACGCACAAUCCUUUCGCCAAUUCUGAGUGAAAGCGAACGCCUGGAGGCCCGUGCUUUAAGAGAGCAAGCCAUACAUUCCCAGCAACAGCGACGGAAGGAUCACAGCCGCCAGAGUUGUCGACUCGAUAGCCACAUUCCCGAAACAGAACGAGUAUCGAAUGAAGGCCGGACCUCCAGUUCCACAAGAAGGUCUGUCUUGUCGACCCCCAAGAGUCAGCGAACCAAUGGGGAAACGUCAUCCUCGUCAGCACCGAGUAGUGGAGGAGAGGUCCUUACUGGUCCUGAAGAUUCCCCAAGUGCAGCCAAUGUGUCGGUUCAGACAGAAUCCUCUAUGUCACUCACUGCCAGCACGGACCUUCGUUCUUACCUCAACACUUCCCUUGACACCUCUCUUGACACCUCCACUAGUGCCUCUUUUAACACCAGGCAACAGUCAUCUUCAAUGGCACAAGUAGAUGAAGCUCUACUGUUGAGUGUCUCUCCUGAGGUUGCAACAGAUCUCAUAUUAGGUCGAGUUCAUCCAUCCACAAUAUUACACCAGGCAAAUAAAGAUCUGCGGACUAUGCAGCCAGACUCUCAGCGAACGGAUACUGCCAGUGCCACGCUCACUCAGGAACAGCAGUCAGCAGAGAAACAGCAGGUUCCUGAGGCCCAUGACACAACUACUGCAUCAGUAAGUCUCAGUCUUGCUUCCUUUUCUGAGGAAGGAGGAGAUGGCUCUGAGGAAGGCCUGGAAGCAUCUGAAGAAAUUUUAGAAGUAUCCGAAGUAAUGGAUGGUUCGGAAGAAGACAGGGACUUGAGCUUGCCGAGUGAGGCUGAAUCUGAUUGGCACAGAGAUGAAACUGAUGAUUCCCACACACAUUCUUCCCAGACCACGUCACAGAAGAGUGGCUCGGGCUCAAGUUUCGAUCUGCCCAGAGACUUGAGAGUCAGUGCGCUGCGUGAGGGGAGGGAGUCCAGCAGGUCCAUGCAGAGAGAUUCCGGACGCAGUAGCAGUCACAGUGACUAUCUCGAUGACUACUUAGAACUUUUGACCAGCAGAUCAAGCAGCAGCCUUGGUCUUCAGUCAGCUGGAGUGUCUGUAGCACCAAGCAAAAUGGUUGCCCCCGUCACUACUUCAUCUGCAACCCGUGGAGUUAUUACUACCAGUUCUACAGAGCAUUCGGACCCAAGGAAGUCAUCUGUGCGUAGGGACAACAAUAAUGUGAGGGAAACUGGAAAUAAAGAAGAAAGUGAUUCUAGCAAAAACAUGAAUAAGGAAGCACUCAAAGGGAAACUGAUAGAAGACUUGAAAAAUGAUAGUAAAGACAAAAAGAAAGCAAGAGACAAAGAUUGGCCAAGAGAUAGAUUGGAAGAGCCCAGGUCAUCCUCUGCAGCAUCAGAUCGCAAGACCAGCAAGAGAAGUCGCGAAAGGAGAUUGUCGUAUCAGCAUGGAGAUCCAGCACGUAGUGUGGGGAGCAAGUACUUGGAUAGCUAUCUUGGAAACUUGACUGAUGAUGCCUGGCUUCAGUAUCCCACGAGCAUAGGAAGUCGCCACAUGGUGUUCCUGGAUUCUGAUGAUUACAUGCAGACUGUUCGACCACAACAGGUAAAGAGGAAUAGAGGGAAGUCUCAGAGCAGUACAGAACAGACGGAAAGUUCUGCUUCAGAAGACAGCAGACGUCAAGAUUCCUCAACAACUUCAUCACAUAGUCCGCACUCAAAUGUUAGUACCAGUAUAAAGGAAGAUGGAUCAGAAAUGCCGCAAGAGAAGAAACGCGAGGGUGAUAUUCCCUGUCAGCGUGAGUCAAAGCAUGCGGCUGAUAUGAUGCAUCCAGCAAAAGAAGCAAAAGCAAAAGAUGCACAGCCCUUGCAAGAGCAACAUUCCACACAUGUUUCAAAGACUAAACAAAUUGCAGAAAAUAGUGAGACAGAAAGGAAUGAGCAGAGACUGCCCUCAAGCUCCCUCCCUCCUCAGCAAAUUGAAGAACAGAUAGCCAAAUAUCCUGAGAGUACUGAGAAGACGGAUCGUUCUCCUGCAGCCAAUGAUGGUCAGACAGACUUACAAACCACCAUCCUUGAGAAACAAAAGGAAGUCGAUAAUGUUGAUGAAAACGUUAACAUUGUGAAGCCUAGGGAUAACCUGUCUGAUGUACCUGUGGCUCUACAUGAAAAUGCUAGUGCUUCAUCAGUCUCAAACAAAGGCAAUGUUAUUUCCAGUGAAUCUUUUGAGAGAGGGCCACAACAGAAUGUAGAAGGAAGUUUUCUUGACAAUAAUUCUAAUGUUGAUAAUGUUAAAAAUCUAGAGAGUACUGUUCCAGCUUUUAAAAUUGGAAAUAUAGUUGAAAGUGCAGAGCAUGAGGAUAGUUCCUCUGAUGAAAGCAGUGAAACUGAGCCUAGCACUAUAGUCUAUGUUGAUGAUUAUCCUUGUGAAGUAAGAGGUACCAUACAGAAGGAAAUCGAAAAACAAGGUGCUCAUAAUGCAGUUGAACCAGAUAAUAUUGUACCUUCUAAAGAAAAAGUUUCAGAGGAAGCAAUGGCUCUUGCUGAAUUUGAAAGAUUGGAGAUUGUUCAUGGCAGAAUUGAAGGACAAGUAACAGGUAUAAGUGAAAAUGGGACAGAUAAACAGAAGAAAGACAGCACUGAUGUACCUUCAGGUUAUUGUGAACCCUUAGCAAAGAAUGUGGACAUGACACAUGAUGUUGAAAAGAAUAAGGAUAAUAUGAAAGCAAAGGGAAGUGAAACUUUGGGAAAGUCUGACAUCAAAGAUGGCACUGUGUUGCAAACAGAGUCCACCACUAAUCUGCCUGAACAAGUUGUAAUACAAGGGGAGAAAAAAGAUGCAGUGGAACCAAGUGUUAGUUGUCAGGUACCAUUGAAAAUUGAUGUGGUGGAAAGCAUACCUCAUGUUGAAAUCUAUGAUUCUGAAGAAGAGUGCCUUGUUGUGCAGGUGACUGAAAGUAAGGAUAGUAGGUAUAGAGAAGGUAAUUGGACUGGAAGCAAAACUGAACCUAAAAAUGAAGAUGAGGUUGUGGAAAUUGUAGCUAAGAGUCUAGAGAAGCCAAAUAAUGAAAUGGAGUUAGCACUGGAGGCCAGCAAUAGCAUGAGGGACUUAGUGCCUGAGAAAGUGUCAGAGGAUGCCAUGAAUCAGGUACUGAAUCUCUUACGAGCCAAGCAAAGGCAGGAACUAGAGGCAUUGCGAAGGCGCCAGGAAGAAGAGAUACGGCAGUUUAUACAACAGCUUCAACGUGUUUCUCCGAAACAGUUGCAGGCUUUCCUGUCUGCAAGUACCAUCACGUGUGGAAGUAUUGAGGGAAGACCUGAAGACGAUUUGCAUCAAAGAUCAGAAGGAAACUUCUCCAUUAGUGAUGCUGAUAACUUUAAAAUGAGCAAGGACAGAGGUAUAAGAGGAAGCAGUCCUGGAAGGUCACAUGUAGAAGUUGGUUUGUAUAACAAAAAUGAUAAUAGCAACGUUAAAGGUGAAGGGAGAGGGACAAAAGAAGAACAAAGCAGAUAUUUAAUUUCGUCCAAACCAGUGGAAGAGAUGACCAGUAAAACUGAUAAUUUUUCCAUAAUGCAUCCCUGUGCCUCCACUUGUAAUACCGUAUCUAGUUCUUGUGCUUCAGUUGAUUUACCUUCUAGAACAUACAGUGAAAAGAUCAGUGGUGCUGAACAAAUACCUAGACCAUCUAACCACACCAAUAUCAUGCCUUCCUAUUUUGUGAAUGAAGAAACUAAGAAAGCUGCAGAUUCAUUAGGAAAUGUAGUAAUGACUGGAGAAGCUUCCUCCCACCUGAGCAGCAGUCCUCACAAUGUGUCUUAUUCUGGUUCUAGCCCAAAACAUGCCCAAGCUAACGAAACUGAUCUAUCCUUGCAUGCAAAAAAUAACAAUAUACCUGUGGAAGGUCUAGAUCAAGUCAGUUAUGUCAAUGGUAACUGUGUGAGUUAUGGAGAUGGCAUGCAGUAUUACAGACUUUUUACUGCAGACGACGAAGGACAUGGAUCAAGACCAAGAUCCUGUCGCCCAACUGUGUUAGAACCUGUACUACAGUCAAACUCCUCCCAGCUGGUCACACAGCCAGGUCUCUUUAGAGUGGUGAGUGGCAGUCCAUGGCCAAGUCCUCGACCAACAAGUAUCACAAAUCUUCUUGCAGAGCAUCCUGAGAUGUUCAGUGAUGAGGUAGUAGAAAUGAAUCUACAGCAUAUUAACGACUGGGGUCCUUCAGAAGUAAGUGUGAGAGAACAUACACCAGCUGCCCAACAUUCCAGUAGAACACAUCUUGUGACAGUGCCUCACCAUUCUGCUACAAGGUGCCAUAGUAGUGGCAGCCAUCAAAGAGGGUCGUCUGAAGAAGGUGGAUUAGAUAUGGUCCCAGAGAGAGAGUCUGCUGCAAAUAUCUACCUUCAUCCCCUAAGUCAGAAUGCAAUAUUCAUCAGAGGGAUCACACUGCUCCAAGCCUGUGUACGCCGCUUCUUAACUCAGAGACUUUUCCGGACCAAAUUUGUGCAAGAACAACUGGCAAUUCUUGCAGAAAUUGCUAAAUUGGCACAACAGUUCCAUAGAGAUAUCUUAACCGACAACAUCCACAAAGGAGAUGUAGACUUUCAUAAGGCAUUAUACAAUCAGGAGGGAAUGGCAAGGGAAAGGAUUCGCCGUGUGUUCGUUGUACUUACAGUCCAAGAGCAGAUGUCCCUCAUCCGUCGUGAUCGCCAGUUAUGGAAGAUGCAACAAGACAAACAGUUGCCCAGCACUUCACAGCCAUCUCCAACUCACACAAGUACCGUGAGGAGUAGGAGUGGGGCUGCUGAAGCCAGAGUGAGAGGGACACCAACACGAAUAGCAAAAAAGAGGCCUUCGCCCCCACAUCAAAGGUCCCAGCAAGAAGGAAGAACUCGGUGUGCAUCACAUGGACGGACAUCACAGCUUGUUCAGCCAUCCGUCAUAACGCAUCAAGCAUCAAAUCUCUCUUCCCGAUCAAGUGUGACUAGUGAACAUAGAGUAUCUCCUAAAGGAGGGAAACUACCGCUACAUGUAGAACGGUCCGCAUCACACUUAGAUGCCCCCAUGUCACAUUCACAUCACUACUCCAAACAAUCGCCACAUAUCAGGUCUCCUUCUCAGGAUAGUAAGUCAGGUCAUCACACAGGCAGUACCAGGUGUUCAGUCCACCCUCGUAGCAGCAGUGCAUCACAGCUGGAAACCAGAUCUGGAUCACACCAUCUGUCUCAUUCAUCCAGUCAUUUGCCUGGGUCUCAUCAUAUGACCAGGAGUGCAUCCCAUCAAUCAGGAAAGACAAGCUCACGAGCUUCAGGCAUCAGUGGUACAAGAAGCACUUGUACUGCAAGAAGUACGUCAAUGUCCAACAGUCCACGACGAGGUAAAGUUUAUGAGGAAUGUGGCUCUUCUCUUAGCUCUCUUGACACCAAAGUUUUGUAAUUUAUUUAUAUUUUUUUCCUUUAUUUCAUUAACUGGUUUAUAUGUCACAAAUCUGUACAAACAUCCAUUCUUUUUAUUUUAUUAGUCACUAUAAAUGCAGAAUUUUAUUUAAACCUGUUUUUGGUUGUUAUAAGAUUAUAUCAUUGUCAUCAUCACAUCAUGAUCUCAUGUGUAUGAUGAUUAUCAUCACAGUUGUAAGAUGCUAGGCAGGAAGAAUCUAUUACAGAAUGACUGAUAUUAAAUGAAUGUUUCUUUAAGAUGGAUCUGUUCUUUUGCUGUCUUUUUACUGGUUUUCAAAAGGAAAAGGGACUGUAUUCCAGCUUCCUAUCCUGAAGUUUUUGUUCUGAGUAAACAAGUUUCAAAAGAUUGGUUAUCAGGAGGUUCUGUUUCUCAUUUAUUAAAGAUCUGCUCUCAAUUAUUUUUCCUCUGUUUAUCUGGGGCACAUUAGGACUUAGGUAUUAGUUUCUUUGCUUUCUCUUUAUUUGUUAAAAGAUGUUAUAUAUAUUUUUUAUAUGUACUGCAUGUAUUAUAAUUUUUUGAAAUGUAUUGCAUGUAUUAUAUUUUUCUACUGGUUUA